AUCCAUUGUUAUUCGCUCCGCUACACAAUGGACGAGUCUGCACUGCUUCGCCGUUGCUAUGGUCCGUAACUACGAUCAACAGGUAUACCCUAAACCCCUCCUUCAUACAGGACCCCAUGCGAAGCACGAAAUAUACACAUCCCGUAUUUUGAGGGACAGCAUGUACAACGCGUACCGUCGAAUACAUAAGGAAUUGACUUAAAACCAGAUCUAAAUGCCAUUUUCUUCAAUCGAGCUGUUAAGUCCUCAUCUUUACGGAACAAUCUACCUCGUUGUCUCAAAGCUUCACUGAAGACCGACAACCCAGAAGGACGCCAUGACAAUGGUGCAUUCAAGAAGCGCUGUUCCUGGGACCAAGUCCAAGCGGCUUGGUCCAACUGCCGACCGAGCAAUAACGGGAGGCCAUCACCGAACAACCUCGGUCUUGAACCACGGUGCGGUGACCCUCAGUGACAAGUCCAAGUACCAAGCCGGGCAGGACCUUUUGGUGACAAGAAGCGACUCUUACCUGAUCCGUCCUCCCGAGAAACUGGACGACAUCUGGAAGAGGCCGCCACCCGAUUUCACUCUGCAGAGAUACAUGCCCAAACCGCCGAAACGUAACACGCGCGAAUCGAUGCAGCCUUGGCGCUGGGGAACCUUUCCCGGAGAGAAGAAGGUUGACCAGACCACGACAGAGAAGCCCACCGUGACACUGCCGAAGAUCUUACAGCCGCCGCGACCGAGGAGCAGGAAGAUCCUCACGAGGUUCAACAUCCCAGACUCGGACCAAGCGAGGAAAGAAGCCGUUAAGACACUUGUACAUCCCAAGGAGAAGUUUGAGAAUCCUCAACCGCAUGACUUUAGACAGUAUCCGCCCCUCGGCCCUCUUGGUUUACCCGAGUUUUUAACAGCCAGCGACAAGGAUCCUUACAAUAUAAAGUUUAAAACAGACAAUAUAGAUAUAGUGUAUGGUCUUCCUCCUCCACUUUCGGACCGGUUUAAUGGUAUCCAGAUGGGCCAAGACGUUCUCAAACAACCUCCAAAAUUCGAACAACACUUACACCAUCCGAAGGGCAAGUGGCCGUCGCCAUCCGGAGAAUUCUCGCGAUAUCGAGCGCGCAAUCGAUCACCAACCACGGUUCUCAUGGACAACGUCGAGGAUACCCUUACCAAGAAGUGGGCGCUCGAGAAGCAGGAGCGUCUCCGGCGAAAGAAGGAGAGAGAAGAAGCCGAAAAGAAGCUCAUUUUCGAAGAGAAGGUCGCCAAGGAAGUAGCCAAAGUGUCCAAGAAGACCAAAGACCUUGAGGCAAGGGACAAUGAAUUUGGUGCGUGGCAUGAUCACUUUCAUAUGAAGAACAGUCGCGGUCGUGGAGGAAGUCCGUAUAGCACGAUAUCCAGCGAUAUAUCGAGCGAUUUAUGAUGAUCAGUAGAACAGUCGUGGUCUUGGAUAUAGAACGUAUAGUAUGAUCACCAGCAAUAUGAUGACCAUUAACAACUUGAAUGAUGUUGAGGUGUUGCAAUAGGUCCAUUGGUCUGGGAUGUCUACACAAUGCCUUUAAGUUUAAUCAAUGCCAAUAUUACCCUCUGAAAACUAGAGAUUCCCCCUGUUCAAAAUGCUAGUCAAGACCAUCAUGAGUGGAGCGUUUCAUGGCAUGAUUUGUCGGACGAUAUUUCGACAAGUCCUCUUUCACCGGACAGUUACCAUAGUAACGGUGCUCCUCAGCCAAUCAAGAUCAAGGAUUUUUUAAACCUACAUAGUUGUCAGACACCCGGAUCACAUGUACACAAGGCGAUGGAUGAUUUCCACUUCAAGUUCGGUGUUUAUCUUUCCCUAUUGGUCAUUUUACAUG